AUGAAACCGCCGUUUUCUGUUUUGUGAUCUUAAAAAACCCGUUCCUCUUCUCAUCUCUUCACUUCACCUCCGUUUAGGUUCGAUGUGCAGCUUUAAUUCACGAGUUAUUGUUGCAAAGAUUACUCCCAGAUCUCGCCGCUACCGUUUUCCUCGCGUUCAAUCUAUAUAUAUCAGCUUCUCCAGAGGACGAUUGCACCUUCAAAUCUUUGUCAGUUUAUCAUUUUCUAAACCCUAGAAAGUUUGUCAGAUAUGGCUUCCUCCGAUGUUGUUCUCGGUCACUCCACCUUCGAUGCUCUCCGACUGGGUAGAUCUGCCCAGAUGAUUGUUGGUCGUCUCCUCCGUUUCUGGGACUCGAAAAACAUCAAGAAGCAAGGUGAAUUCAUGGGCAUCACUCUCCUCUUCCUUGACGAGAAGAAUUCCGUCAUACAUGGAUUCAUUCCUGCUGGUCGCGCUCCUUUUUACCGUCCGUCCUUGCGAGCGGGUUCAGUUGUUAGAGUCUCCCGCUUUGAAGUUGCAAGAUGUACAAAUAUGUACAAAAUUACGGAUCACCCUUUUGUGAUCCGGUUCAUCCCCCAGACAACCAUUGCUGAAGUUAUCGAAAAUGCUCCUGUCAUCAACGUUGAGAAAUUCAUGCUGCGUUCGUUUGACCCCCUCCAAGCUCUCGCGAACACUAAUUUGGAACUUCCAGAUGUUGUUGGGCAAAUUCAGUAUGUCCAAGCAUAUUUUUAUUUACUACUUAGGAGGGUGGUCGUUUACCUAUCUCUGUGGGAUGAUGCUGCAUCAAUGUUUAGGGGACUCAUCGGCUCCGGUGACAGGACACAGACAGUGAUGGUGGUCACUAUCGUGAAUCCAAAACUAUUUGGAGGUAACCUAUACCUCAACUCAACUCCAGCGACGAAGUUUUAUUUCGACAACACCCUUGAAGCCAUCUCCGAGUUCACGGCCAGGUUUGAUGGACCAGUCCAAGAAGCUUUUACGUGUAUCGAUACGAAAGAAGGGAUUAGGAAAAAAGAAGUCCUCUCAAUAGGAGAGCUAAACAAGUUCAUUUCCAAUUCUAACGAGCAGGAAGCUGAAUUCAUUUGCAAGGCUCGGGUUGUUGAUGUCCUGCAUCAAAAUGGGUGGUCUUUCGUUUCUUGCACUGGCUGCAGCAGGAAGCUAGACAAAGAUGGGUCUUCUCUUCGUUGCAACCGUUGUGUUAAUCCCAACAUCACCGGUGUCAUCAAGUAUCGUGUUGAACUUUUAGUUGAUGAUGGGCAAGAUAACGCCACUUUUGUGGUGUUCGACAAGGAAAUGCUUAAACUGACUAAGCAAGAUGCAGCUGCCCUAACCCUCAAUGAGAUAAAUGGUGGUGGUGGCGUGGAACUCCCACAAUGCCUUAAAGACCUUGGUGGACAAGAUUUUGUCUUCCAGAUACGUGUGACACCAUUCAAUUUCACACCAAAUCACCGUACUUUCACAGUUUCUGCAAUCGUUGACACCAUCGUUCCCGAGACUUUCAAGACCAAUGCAGCUGAAUUAGUUCAGGUGGAAGGUGGUGAAGCAUCGGCAACUGGCAGCAACAUGAAAGGCAGCAACAUGACUGGAGGUGAAGAGAAAGAACCAAAUCCUUCAAAUUCUGGAGGCAAAGGAGGUGUCCGUAAACGUACCCGUGAGUGAAGUUACAAAGCUGUCGCAGCGUCAACCCACUUCUGCUUUCUUUGCUUUCCAAUUUCCUUACGUACUAUGUUUUUUUUUUCCCAGACUUUGCAUUAGUUUUUAUAUUUGAAGGUUUUUUCUUUUAUUAAGAAA